CCUGCGCAGUUUGAACAGCCCCUGCAUCUCGUUGGCAAGAACGCUACGAAGAAAUCAUGGCGGACCUAAACAGCAGCCUCACAGCCAUGGACUGGCUGCCUAAACUUAGUGUGGGAAAUGCAUUUGGCGGACCAAAUGCCCUUAAAUCAAGUAACAACAAUAAUGUCGAUCCUAAGGAUAAAUCGGCGCUUAGGAAAGCCCCUGGAUCGCCGCUCGACCCCAGCGCUGUCCUGGACGAAACAGAGGCGAGACAACACCAAACCAAGGAAAGCAAACCACCUUAUUCCUACGCAAAUCUUAUUACCUUCGCCAUCAACAGUUCCCCAGAAAAGAAAAUGACCUUAAGCGAAAUAUAUCAAUGGAUUUGCGAUCAUUUUCCGUACUAUAAGGAAGCUGGCAAUGGCUGGAAGAACUCUAUUCGACAUAAUCUGUCAUUAAAUAAAUGUUUCAUCAAAGUACCAAGAAGUAAGGACGACCCAGGAAAGGGAUCUUAUUGGGCCAUCGAUCAAAACCCCCAAGAAGAGUCUCCAGGCUCUCGGCAGAAUCGGAAACGGAAAACCAGUGAAUCUCGAUUGUCUCCUUAUGGUGUUGAUGAGAAUUCUUGGUCACCUGGGUCCAGUCAGAGCUCAAAUUGUACUUCACCUGGUGGUCAUUCCCCAACACUCAACUCCCUUCACAUGGAUCAGUAUUACUCCCAGUCCCCGAGCCACAAUGGGUUACAAGGGGCAUCUCCACACUCAUCUAACAACUUCAAUCUGAACAACACACAGUCUUUAGAACCACCUCAUAAGAUCUUCCCAGAAGUGGCAUUUGAGGAUCUUAGUGCAUCGUUCAAGAAUCUUUACAAGUCUGUAUUUGAUGCAUCGCAAAGCACAAGUGGUUUUGGUUCAAUGGGCACCACCACAUCUAGUGAGAUAUCUCCUGCCCCUACUGGUGCAUCAAGCCUAUCGUCAAGCCUUCCACAAAACCAGCAACAGCAAUUCAUUAUGCAAAAUAUGGAAUCCCUGAUUGAGAGCAUGAACAAAGGGAACUGGCAGGAAUUCGAUUUGAACCAGUGGAAUAGCCUUAUGGAGAGCAUGAAAGAUUUUAACUUUCAAAAUUUAGGUUUUGAUGCUGGACAGUGGCAGGAACUGGCAUUCUCCUUCAGUCAUUACUUGCAAAGCCAAGGUCUAGCCUCUAGUAAUCAAGGAGCAAUGCCAGGUUCAUCACAGAAUACAGCCUUACUUUCUAGUCCGCGGACUCCUCCUCAGCAGUAUUCAGGCACUCCACAUUCAUCAUUGCAAGGAUCCCGCACAAGCUACAGCAGCUCUACGAGUUUCAGCGGAAAUAGUUCUACACACUCUGUACCUGGAAUCAAAGUUACCCCAGUUGCUCGUCCAUCUGGUGGCAAUGCGGAUGAUGAGGAUGAGGAGGAUUUUGACUGGGAGUCAAUCUUAUGAAUGAAAUAACAAUACUUUUGGUCUUGAUGUAUAUAAUUUUAUAUGUAAUAUAUAAAGGAGGUGAAAAGUGUGUGCCACCAUAGGUUUAUUAAGUGUAUGCAGCUAUCUAUCUAUCUUAGAUAAAGCAGUAAUCUGCAUUCGGUCCUGUUGACCUGGUAUAACUGUCUGCCAUCAGACUUCAGAACAAUGGGUUAAAAUGUUAUGAGACAUAUCUAAGUUCAAAUCAACUUUAAUAUAAAUCAGGUUACCUUUUUUGUUCAUUGGUGCACAAAGUGCAAGAGUGCGAGAAUUUCGCAUUUUGUAAAUAGCAUGAGGUUGUGAUAUAAUAUUUUAGGAGGUGGAAUAAAUGUUAGCAGAUAUAGUGCUCUGGCUGUGCAGGAUAGGCUAACUGUGGCUGGCACACAAUUAGAUGGCAGUCUGUUUUAAAAGUUUUGUCCUAUAUAGGAUUAUGGCCCUACUUGGGGGAAAUAACUGGAUAUGUGCUCCUACUUAUUAUGUUAUCUCACUUUUGUCUAGUGUGAUCUAAGUCCAAAAUCUAUCAAUCAUAGGGCGUGUACACAGGGGGUUGCCCAGGGUGCAUGAGUACCCCUCUUGGCGGCCAAAAAGUGGGUCUUUUUUUUAAGGAAUCUUCAAAUCCUAUUCUUUUCCGAAAUAUGAUAGCUAUGACUGCGCACCCCCCUCAGCAAAUCCUGGGUAUGCACCUGAAGUGUACUGCAAAAUCUGUUAACAUUCUCUCAGAUAAGCUAGACAGAAAGUGUGGAUCAGGUAUCAAUUGAGGCAUGUCAUAGACAUGUCAUAGAAUCCUCACCAAAGAGGACUAUAAACUGUUGAUGCAGUGCAUGUCAAUGUCUAAGUGUAUAUAUCUAUAAUUUAGUCACGCAUAAUAUUUUUAUUAAAGUGAGGUCAUCUUAGGUAAUAGUGUGAAUGCAAUAUUUAUUGAAAUAGAGACAGGUUGUACAGGAAUUAAACACUUUCAUUUAAA